GCUUUACACAAAGGAGGCCGUAUUUUCGCGGCGCGCCCGAGACGCCCUCUCGAAAGUCAACGGAGAUGAUGGUCCUGGGCGUCCUCGUGGCGUCGUGGUGCGCGCGGGGCCUCGCGUUCGCGCCCGCCGCGCCGGCGGCGUCCGCGCGGGGGGCACCGCUGGCGGCGCAAGUCCGCAAGGUCGGCAUCGUCGGCGGCGGGACGGUCGGCGGGGGCAUCGUCGAGAUCCUGGAGCGCCGGCGCGAGCAGCUCGUGGCGGCGACGGGCGGCGUGGGCCUCGAGGUCAAGGCGGUCGUCGUGCGCGACGCGGCCAAGGCGCGCGACUGGACCGCGCCGCCCGGGUGCGUCGUCACCGAGGACCUCGAGGCGGUGCUCGGCGGCGACCGGCGCGGAAGUUACGGUCCCGUCGAUUUUGUUCGGUCCGGAGGCGAUCGAUUCGCACACACAGGCGACGACGACGUCGACCUCGUCGUCGAGGUCAUGGGCGGCACGACGCUCGCCAAGGACGUCGUCUUCCGCGCGCUGCGCGCGGGCAAGGACGUCGUCACGGCCAACAAGGCGCUCAUCGCGGACUGCCUGCCCGAGAUCGAGGCCGUCGUCGCCGAGGCGAACGCCGCGCAGGGCGCCGGCGCGCCCCGCGUCCAGUUCGGGUACGAGGCCGCCGUGUGCGGCGGCAUCCCCAUCAUCCACACGAUGAACACGGACUUCGUCGGCGACGAGGUCACGCGGCUCCGCGGCAUCAUGAACGGGUGCACGAACUUCAUGCUGACGAAGAUGGAGGCCGAGGGCCUGAGCUACGCCGACUGCCUCGCCGAGGCGACGGCGCUCGGCUACGCGGAGGAGGAUCCGACGCUCGACGUCGGCGGCUUCGACGCGCGGUCGAAGCUCGCGAUCCUCGUCCGCCUCGCCUUCGGCGUCGACGUCGACGAGACGCUCAUCUCGUGCACGGGCAUCGCCGGGCUCGAGACGAUCGACUUCGAGUACGCGCGCGGCCAGCUCGACGGCACCAUCAAGCUCCUCGGCGUCGCCGAGCUGGACGGCGCCGGCGGCCUGACGGCGUACGUCACGCCCGCGCUCGUCCCGCGCGGCGCGACGCUCGCGUCCAUCUCGGACGCGACGAACGCGGUCGAGGUCGCGUCGCGCAACCUCGAGGCGUCGCUCUUCGUCGGCCGCGGCGCCGGCCGCUUCCCGACGGCGAACUCGUGCGUCUCGGACGUCGUCGCGUGCGCGCGCGGCGCGCUCCCCGAGCCGUUCGCCAAGAAGGUCGGCGGCGUCGCGUUCCGCAGCGACUUCGAGUCGUUCUUCUACAUCCGCAUCCGGUACCGCAACGCCAUCGGCAUCGUCAAGGCCCUCGGCGAGAUCUGCGCGCGCCACGACGUCUCCAUCGACUCGCUCCUCCAGAAGCCGCACUCGGACUACUUCGUCGUCGUCACCGAGGCCGGCCCGCGCUCGCGCGUCGAGAAGGUCGCCGCCGACGUCGAGGCCGAGGCGUGGUGCGUCGGCGACGUGUUUUUCAUGCCGGUCGCCACGCAGGAAUAGCGCGUCGGGGUCCUAGAGGGUAACUAGCCAGCU